AAUCCUAUCCGGUUCCUUGUCACCAAAAGAACCGUUUCAUUUCAUUGCUGAGUUUCUGUCCUUAUCAAAACCAAUGAAGUAAGAUUCGUUUUUGCUCCAUCUUCUUAACUUUUAAGUUAAGUUAAGGCCUGUGAAACCAGCGGUGAAGUGAACUGAACUAAAAUGGCUGCUACCGGAGGCUACGAGGGUCACAACAACCCUGCUCUUGACCCGGAUUUGGAUACUCCGGAUACUCCGGAUCUCCAGUUCGCUGAGUUCGGAUCGGGUUGUUUCUGGGGAGCGGAGUUGGCCUUUCAGCGAAUUGUUGGAGUGGUGAAGACCGAGGUCGGAUAUACUCAGGGCCACACCCCGGAUCCAGAUUACAAACUGGUCUGCACCGGAACCACUAACCACGUUGAAGUGGUUCGGGUUCAGUUCGACCCGAAGGUUUGCCCCUACACGGAUCUGCUUGCUCUCUUUUGGGCUCGACACGACCCAACUUCCGUUAACCGCCAGGGCAAUGAUGUGGGUGCACAGUAUAGAUCAGGAAUAUACUACUACAACGAAGAGCAGGCUCGUUUAGCACAGGAAUCGAAAGAAGCAAAACAAUUGGAGUUGAAGGAGAAGAUUGUGACAGAAAUUGUUCCAGCUAAGAGGUUUUACAAAGCAGAGGAGUACCAUCAACAAUAUCUGGAGAAGGGUGGAGGAAAAGGUGAAAGCAACAAACAGUCUGCACAAAAAGGUUGCACUGAUCCCAUCAGGUGCUAUGGCUGAUCAUGGAUGAAUCCUCUUCUAUCACUUAUCUUAUGUGUUCCAAUAAAAUAGUAUAUCCAAAAAUAAAAUGCCAUGCUGUAUCUUCAAGGUCAUCAGUUGCUAUUUAUAUAAAUGCUUUAAAGCUAUAUCUUUGCAUUCAA